CAUCUUCAGAUGAGUAUGUCUAUGAUUUCUAUGCCAUAAAGGAUGGUGUUGACACCAUGGAAGAAGAAACCACUAACCAUUUUCCUCUGGUUCGAGUUGAUGAUGAGGAUGACUUCCACGACGGUCCAGAUGAUCCAGAAUAUGAAACUGACGAUUCUAACGAUGAAAACAACCCACGGAAUGAUUACCCUGAAGAAAACUCAUCUGGGGAAGAGGAUGAAAGUGGAACUCAAUCCUCAAAUGAAGACCAGUCAGAAGCUGAGAGCGAAUCUUCCUCUGAUGAAAGCGGAGAUGAUAUAUCUUCUCAUAAUGGAGAGGGUUUGGAUUGCCGUGACUUGUCAGGUGAUGGGGAUCUGUUUCUUGAAGAUGAUAUGUGUAGCGUUGAUGAUGGUGAAUUGUAUGAUUACGAAGAUCUUGAUGAGGAAGAAGAUUAGUGGUGAUUUCAGAAUUAAGCGUGUUCUUGUAGGUAGGUACGCAUAUCUAUUCGUAGUUUUAAGUUUUAACUAUACAUUAUCAUGUACAAUAUUGAAUUGUGCUCUGGCUUCCCUUUCCAUUAAUUCAUGCAUUGUGGUUAAUUGAUUAUAGAACAGUUGAUUCCUACUUUUCCCCCGAUCAGUUAGUUCCACGUCCGAUUCCAGAACCACAACUUCCGAUCUAAAAUCUAAAUCGGGAAGGAUGUCCA